AUGAGUCACGAACUUAUCGUACCUGUAGCCCAGGAUGUUGCCCACGCUCGCUCCCUCGCAAUAACAGGAGAUCGUGAGACGGCUGUGUACACCGCACACGAACGUCUAGAGGAUGAUUUGGCAAAGUUACCAGUUGUCAUGGCUGAGACGAAAAAACACUCAUACUCUGGUGUGGAUCCAUGGGUAGCCGUCUCGACAACUAUUGAGUCCAUUUGCCAGGAGGUGGAGCUUUGUCUGCAGCUCUUCAGUACUGGAGUGAAAAUGCAGAGAUUCAAAGGACUCCGCACUGUUUCAACUCUUUACAACCAACAGAACUGCCCUGCAGAUCGUUUACGUUGUUUUUUUGACAUAGUACAUGCAGCCUUCACCGUUGAUGGUACCAAGGUGCCGAUGUCAGCUGUUGUGUUAUAUAAAUUUACACAGACUGUUAGGAUUUUCGAUGUAAACCAAGCUGUCAUUUGGUUAAAGUUGGGAAUUAACAAUAUGCUUGAAGCCAGAAGUAUAUUAGAUUCUUCUGAAGAUUCUUCCUCAUCAACACAUAUGAGACUAGUUCAGAUUUCAGUUUUUGUAAAUGAAAAGAAUGCAAUCCAACGUAUGAAGGAAAAGGGCAAAAAUUCUCUUAUGGUAUCAAUGUUAACUUUAUUAAUAAAAUGUGGCGCUGAGACAGGACAGGCAGUGACGGAAGUGCAGGAAAGAAAAAGUGAACUUGGUGAAUUUAUGAAAGAUGAUGUCUUUGAAUCUUUGAUUCAGUUUGAGAGUUCCUACACUAAGAGGAUGAAUGGAAAAAAAGAGCGAAUACGAGAAAAAAAAGAUAAGCGUAUUGGAAAAGGGGAAAUUAAAAAAAAAGAAGAUGUAAAGACUUCAAUUUCUACAAAUACUAGCACUGUAUCACGUAAUAAUGAUCCAUCACGUGUAGAGUUUUCACAUCGUUUCCUUCAAUAUUUGCUUCGUGGUGGGUGGAGACAACAUCCUACUAAAGCUAUUGUUGCCCUUCUCGCUUUUAUUUUAAUCUGUGUUUUGGCGAAACGCACAAUAUCCGGCCUGUUAUCUGCUUUGAAGAACAUCAAAAGUUCGUCCUAUGGUGGGAGGAAAACCCUUACUCUUUGA